ACACACAGUAGGACCUACCUACCCGCUGUCACCCAGUCAUAAUACAGGAGGUUAGCUGAGCAGCACUGAACCAUGGGAAAACAGAAGAUAUUCAUGGACAAGCUGGCACAGACUUUCCAGAUCCGUAACUUGCUGCUGCGCCAGGCCAUGGCAGAGUGUCUGGGUACCCUCAUCCUGGUGAUGUUUGGUUGUGGUGCAGUGGCUCAACUGGUGCUUAGUGGAGGAUCUCAUGGCAUGUUCCUAACUGUCAACUUUGCUUUCGGCUUCGCUGCCACCCUAGGGAUCCUGGUCUGUGGCCAGGUAUCAGGAGGCCAUCUCAAUCCGGCAGUAACCUUUGCCCUCUGCCUGCUUGGGAGAGAUCGCUGGAGAAAGUUUCCAGUCUACUUCGUCUUCCAGACACUGGGAGCUUUCCUGGGCUCCGGGAUCAUCUUUGGUCUGUACUAUGACGCUCUGUUGAACUAUGCUGGUGAACUCAUUGUUACCGGGCCCAACGCCACCGCUGGCAUCUUCGCCACCUACCCUGGCAAACAUCUCACAUUGGUCAACGGCUUCUUCGACCAGACGAUUGGCACUGCAGCAUUGAUCGUCUGUAUCCUGGCCAUCGUGGACCCCCAUAACAAUCCCAUUCCCCAGGGCCUGGAGGCCUUCACAGUGGGCUUUGUGGUGCUGGUCAUCGGCCUGUCCAUGGGCUUCAACUCUGGCUACGCUGUCAACCCUGCCAGGGACCUGGGGCCACGCCUCUUUACCGCUCUGGCAGGCUGGGGCACCGAGGUCUUCACUGCCAACAAGUGCUGGUUCCUGGUGCCCAUCUUCGCCCCAUUCCUGGGCGCCAUCAUUGGUGUGGUGGUCUAUCAGCUGAUGGUUGGCUUUCAUCAGGAGGGAGAGGUUCGUGACAGGAAGAGCCAGGAUGAGAGAGUUAAACUGACCAACAUCAACUCAAAGGACGCCUUAAAGGAAGAGAUGAUAUGAGCCUCAAAACCUCCAGCAUCCUCCAUUCUCCACCACUACCACUACCAGCAUCCUAUACCCCUAAACUCUGCCUCAGUGGGGUACAGUAUGGUCUCCUUGAGGGCCGGUGGGUCCCUUUUCACUCUUAACUCUGACAGCUGUGUGUCUGUUAGUCUGUAAGGAGACAACUACAGUACGCACACACAUUAUGGACCUCAAUCUUUCUCUAUAAUGUUGCCACAGUAUAUCUAUCUCUUGUCUUACAUUGUAGCUGCAUAGUGUCCUUAAGUAAGAGGGGAGGAAGUAAACACUCAAACACAGAAUUAUAUUAAUUCAAAAUGUUUGGAAAUAAUCCAAGUUUAUAGCCUAGUGUCUUUAUCUCUUCUGUUUGGACCGUAUUUUAUGUUUUAUACUAACAUAGCGUUUGAAUGAUUCCGUUGUAUUUAUAUGCUGUGGACAGAUAGUACACGUGUCCCAAUCAAAUGAAAUAUGUACGUUUUAGUGAGUCCAUGAAUUUUAAUGUCAACCAGAGGCCUCAUGUCAUAAGAUGUUUAUACUUUAUUUUUUAUUCAUUACUAAACUUAAUUUUUAAGCCCACGUUUUAUCAGAAUUAUUUAUAAAAAGAUCUGUCAGUGUGUUUCUCUCUAGUAAGCGGUUGCUUCCAAGGUGCACCAUGGCGCAAAGAUAUGCUUGGCAGGAUGCUAUAUACUCUAGUGACUGCAGACAGUAUCGUCAGUGGAGGAGGAGAGGGGAAUGUUGAGUGACACACACAGAUUUGAUUUCAGCUGCAGGUGAGGGGCAGGACUUGAUUAUAAAUGAAUUUGAUCAAGCUAUGUAGCCUAUUGAUUCCUUCUUGAUGAAUUAAUUAAUCUCUGUAAUACUAGCCACAUAGCAAUUUUAUUAACUUGCUUUAGCUAGCCAGCUAGAAAGGUUCCCAAUCUCCUAGCCCCAUAACUAGCUACCAAGCCAUUUCAGGCUAUCAAUCAAGUUAGAGUAGCUUGUCUAUCUUAGCCGGCAUGCCUGCCGACAAGGUUGCUAGUCUUUAGGGUUAUAAUACUAUAUACCAGUGUGGCAGUUGUACUAAACUCCUAAGGCAUAAAAGUUCUAAGGAAUCAAUGAGCAUCAUUCAUUAAAAUGGCAAUUGAACAGGUAAAGAGGUAUACUUAAAUAACCUAUGCAGAACAAUAUACAUAUUUUUUUAUAAUAUAUUUUUUACAUAGAAUUAGGCAUAAUGAUUAUGCCUCUAGAUUGCAGGAAAAAGCUGUUUGAAAAAUUUUGUUUAGCAGAUGUUAUUGUGGGUGUAGCGAAAUGCUUGUGUUCAUAGUUCCAACAGUGCAGUAAUAUCUAAUAAUACACACAACUCUAAAAGUAAAAUAAUGGAAGUAAGAAAUAUAUAAAUAUUAGGAUGAGCAAUGUCGGUGUCCGGAAUAUGUGUGUAUAUAUACAGGGUUGGGGAGUAACGGAUUACAUGUCAUCGGUUACAUGUAAUGACCCCAAAAAACUGUAAAUGUACCAGUCAAAAGUUUGGACACACCUACUUAUUCAAGGGUUUUUCUUUAUUUUUACUAUUUUCUACAUUGUAAAAUAAUAAUGAAGACAUCAAAACUAUGAAAUAACACAUAUGGAAUCAUGUAGUAACCAAAAAAGUGUUAAACAAAUCCAAAUAUAUUUGAGAUUCUUCAAAGUAGCCACCCUUUGCCUUGAUGACAGCUUUGCACACGUUUGGCAUUCUCUCAACCAGCUUCAUUAGGUAGUCACAUGGAAUGCAUUGAAAUUAACAUGUGUUUCUUGUUAAAAGUGAAUUUGUGGAAUUUCUCUCCUUCUUAAUGUGCUUGAGCCAAUCAGUUGUUUUGUGACAAGGUAGGAGUGGUAUACAGAAGAUAGCCCUAUUUGGUGAAAGGCCAAGUCCAUAUUACGGCAAGAACAGCUCAAAUAAGUGCUGGUUCCUGGUGCUCAUCUUUGCCUCGUUCCUGGACGCCAUCAUUGGUGUGGUGGUCUAUCAGCUGAUGGUUGGCUUCCAUCAGGAGGGAGAGGUUCGCGACAGGAAGAGCCAAGAGGAGAGAGUCAAACUGACCAACAUCAACCCAAAGGACGCCCUAAAGUAAGAGAUGGUAUGAGCCUCAAAACCAACCAGCAUCCCCACCAGCAUAUGUGGGAACUCCUUCAAGACUGUUGGAAAAGCAUUCCAGGUGAAGCUGGUUGAGAGAAUGCCAAGCAUGUGCAAAGCUGUCAUCAACGCAAAGGGUGGCUACUUUGAAUAAUCUCAAAUAUAUAAAAUAUAUUUUGAUUUGUUAAACACUUUUUUGGUUACUACAUGAUUCCAUAGGUGUUAUUUCAUAGGUUUAAUGUCUUCACUAUAAUUAUACAAUGUAGAAAAUAGUAAAAAUAAAGAAAACCCUUGAAUGAGUAGCUGUGUCAAAACUUUUGACUGGUACUGUGUAUAUCUAUGUGUGUGUGUGUGUGUGUGUGUGUGUGUGUGUGUGUGUGUGUGUGUGUGUGUGUGUUUUCUGCAUACCUCUUUACCUUUUACCUGUCCAAUUAUCCUUUUAACGAGGGUGUCAUUCUGACUGUUGUCAAUCACACAUCUCAAUGCACUGCACUAACAUGACUAGAAUAUUACAUCCAAAUUGCAACACAGUACAUGGGAUCAUAACACACAUCCUCAGUACAUGUGGUAUAUAUCAUGGCAUCAUAAUUAAUACACAAAUAUCAUGAUAUUAUCAUAAGGUGGCAGAUUACAUUUUAAACAAAGUCUUUUUCUGAGCUGUCUGUAUGUUACUGAUCAUCCGUGUGUCUUUUUUUAUAGUUUUGAUGCCUUAUUAUUAUUCUACAAUGUAGAAAUAGUCAAAAUAAAGAACAAUCCUUGAAUGAG